GUCACACUCUCUGACAAAUCGAUAUUCCUCUCAAAUAUUGACUUCGCGAUUGUGCUUGGUGUCGCGAGCAAGUCGCGCGAUAGCUGGUAAUGUCCUUAUAAAAAAAUACGACAUUGCGCGAGUGAUAAAGCGAAAUAUAUCGGUCGGAGGAUCGAGAUAGUAUAAUAUUACGGAGGAAUAUCCUCGAAUAAACGAUGAUUUUUGCGGCGAGUGUUGUGUUUUUUGGGCUGACCCUAAGUGUCUCCCACGCUAGCAUCGAGUCAACACCGACUUCCUUCAACGAUCAUGGAGUUCCGCGAUUGGAUCUUGAAAGUCUUGAGAGCGGUUAUCAUGGCCUGGUCAAGGAGAAUGAAACUCUCGUUGAGGUGACUCCACAGAUAAGAGCUUUAGGAGCUAAAGUAUGUUCUUUUCGUAUUGCGAAUAAACAUCAUGGCGAGGCACCUUUCGAAAUCGUUUUAAAAGAGAAGGGAAUGGCCGAGCUGAGGGCCCUUCGAGUUUUGAAUUGUGAAAAACGACGUAAUUACAAAUUCGAUAUCGCAGCUGUUGGUUGUUCCGGUGGACAAUCUGAGAAUGCAACGGUUCAUAUCACAGUGGUCGAUGUUAACGAAUACGCACCACAGUUUCUCCAACCAGCUUACGUUAGCACUGUUGAUGAAGGACGGCUUUACGAAGAGGUAGUACGCGUUGAAGCCUCCGACAGAGAUUGCACUCCAAAAUUCGGAGACAUAUGCAAAUACGAGAUUCUAACAGCGGACCAGCCGUUCAUUAUUGACAAUGAAGGUGCUAUACGUAACACAGAGCCAUUGGAUUACGAGCGUUCCCACAAUUACAUUUUGAGCGUGGUUGCCUAUGAUUGUGGAAUGAAACAAUCAGCACCGGCCAUGGUGACUAUCAAGGUGAAUCGAGUGUGUACACCAGGCUGGAGAGGUAUUCCAGAGAGAGUGGACUAUGCUGCUGGUUCAGGAUCUCAACCGCUUUUACCAUCCGCAAAACUGGACCUUUGUGACGCACCAUGCAUAUUACGUAACGUUCGAGCUACCUUGAAUCUCGUAACCGAUCACAUAGGAAAGGGUUGCGAUCGUGAUACUUAUACUGUACGAAGCCAGCGAAAACUUUGCGGUGCCUCACACGAGAGCGUUGAUCUUUUACCAACACCAGGACCGACCACAUCAUGGACCGCCUCUUUGUCACGAGAUGAAGGUCGGGAGGCCGAUGAAAUUUUCGAGUUCGAUGGAGUCGAUUCCGCUGCGAUCGUACCCAAUAACGUACUCGAACAUUCUCUGGCACAAAAGUUCACCAUCAGUGCUUGGGUAAAACAUCGUCCAAGAUUGAGGCAAGAUCCCCACGUUAAGGAACAUAUUCUUUGCGCCGCAGACGAUCAUAAGAUGAACAGGCAUCAUUACGCUUUGUUCAUAAGAAAUUGCAGGCUGAUCUUGUUACUCCGACGAGACUUCUCCGAAGGCGAUCCAAACAUCUUCCGUCCGGCUGAGUGGCGUUGGAAGCUCGGUCAAGUAUGCGACGAUAAGUGGCAUCAUUAUGCCAUACAAGUCGACUUCCCACGCGUAAGUCUUUUUGUCGAUGGCGAGGAAUGGCGUACGGACGAGAAGAAUCCCGAAGUUAUCGAUGAUUGGCCCUUGCAUCCUGCAAAGGGCGUAAACACGAUGCUUGUCGUUGGAGCUUGUUGGCAAGGUUCGGAUAAUAGAACAAAACAUCACUUCCGUGGGUAUCUCGCUGGGCUCUCAGUUCUAGUAGGUCGUAACGAAAAACCUGACGUACUGUCCUGUUUGAGGCGUUGCCAGGAGGGCUUACACGUACCGUCCAUGGACUUGCUUCAGCCAGGUACACAGUUGCUCACCAAUUCCGAUUUAACGGAGGUACGCAUUGAUGGCGAUAAUCGUACGAACAUCGAGACUCUUCUUCGUCGUAUAGGAUAUUCUAACACACGACGUUUCCCAACUCCUGGUCGGCGAAAUUUCCGUCUCGACACGGCGGUGAUAUGCGAAGGUAACGAGAAUUCUCAACUGCCAGUACCUACCGUGCAAUCGUACGUGACCGUUCUGCCACCACCUCGACCUGGAAUAAGCGUUAACGGUACCGGUUACGUAGCUAGGGAAUAUGCCGAUUUCCGCCUGGGCGUUCGCGUUUUCCCAGAUGCUCGCGUUACCGCUGGUUCCGCGGCGAGAUUGGACGCUUGCGCCGUCAGCGUUUAUCCUAGUCUGAAUCCCGAUCACGAGAGCUUAGGUUUACCUGGCGACGCUCUUCGUAGAUUCCGUUCUAUCAGUGCACGCGUCGAUCGCGACGGCGUUGUACUUUCGGGUGCCGACACGCCUUACAAUUAUCAACAGCUCAUUCGACUAAUAAUGUACACGAAUCGUAAGCCUGCAUAUUAUCUCGAUCGCGUUUUCAAGCUUACUUGUUCCGAAUUGAGCGGACGUUUCGCUAGUAACGAAUAUGUCCAAACGUUAGCCGUGAUCCAUCCGAAAGAGAAAACGACGGUAUUGCCGCACAGUAGCUCGGGCGAACCUCCGAUCGCCAGAAUCGUUGAACCUGUGCCCGGUCACAUACAAGUUUCCCCUCAUCACGCUGAAAUACCGGAAGGUUAUUCGACCAGUGUGAUUCGCGAAGGUAGAAGAACCAUCGGGGGUGCUGGUGGUAGUCACGCCGUUACGAUCGUCGCGGCCGCCUGCAUCGGUUUCUUGCUAUUAAUGGCCGUCGUCGGAGCGGCGAGAGUUCGAGGUGCCGCGAAGCGACGACGAUCGGCCGGCGACGAAUUGGCAGCCGAAACGGAAAUGGCCUGGGACGAUUCGGCCCUCGCCAUAACAGUCAACCCGAUGGACAGGCUGACCGAGCAUGAGUCUCAUCAGAGUCAUAGAGACGAGGACGUUGACGAUUCCGGAAGUUCCGAUUCUGAGGACGGUUCCUUCAGAGACGACGAUAUCGACAGUUCCGAUUGCGAAAACGAUUGCGAUCUAAACAAUGGCCGACACCGUCGUCAUAAUUCGCCUCACGACUUGGAGUGGGAUCAUCGUGACGUUUAAAUUACUACUAUUCCACCUCUUUAUAUUCGUCAUCAUCUUUCUUUUUCAAGACGGUAUCGUCAGACGAGUACCUACUGUCCGAAAGAACGCGAAAUAUCCUAUAUCUGAACCCCUCCAUUCCUGUGAACCAUCUACGACGCUAUGCGCGAUGCGUAUGAUAUUGCCUGAAUGUUGACGACGACAAUGACCACGACCACGAUGACAAAAAAGUAUUAAUAACAAUGUUGUUAUUCUCUUUUUGUCGGUUAUAAGGAAAUUUUGCGUUAUCUAUUUUAACAAUAUCUAACUACAACGUUUGUCAACAAUAUAGGGCGAUCACAGAGUCGCGACCUUCGCGAUUGGAUAAAAGCGUCAUGUUGUAUCCGUCCCCGUAGCUGGCAUGAUUGAUCCAUUGCAAGGCAAUGACACGACAGGCAGUUAGUACUCUUCUUACGUACCAACGGAAUUUGUAAGAGUGCGGGACGCUUUAUCGAAUAGUUAAACUCUUUCUACCUAUAAUACGACGUCGCUGAUGUUGGUAGAGAAAAUUUACACGGGCACGCAAGAGAUACUUAAAAAAAAAAAAAAAAGAAAAAAAAGAAAAAAAAAAGAAAAAAAAAAAAAAAGAAAAAAGAAGAAAAAAAAACUUGCUGAGAAAUUCUCGGUGAACACUCGGUAAACACUCGCA